GAUCUAGACUGGUUAUACGUACCUUCAGUCCGUCUCCCAGAGAAGGCAGAAACACCUCAAAGCCUGCAUGUAAGAACAUCUACUGAGAAAUUAUUUUAAUCAGACACCAGCUGAGUGGGGGAAAGAAAAAGAACAGAGAAGAACAAACAAAACUCCCUUGGUCUUGGAUGUAAGAGAACUCGGCAGCGAUGGACUGGCACUUCUUCAGAACAGCGGCAGUGCUGUUCAUUUUCUUGGUGGUGGUGGAAGUUAACAGUGAAUUUCGAAUCCAGGUAAGAGAUUAUAAUACUAAAAAUGGCACCAUCAAGUGGCAUUCAAUCAGAAGGCAAAAACGUGAAUGGAUCAAGUUCGCUGCGGCCUGUCGUGAAGGUGAAGACAACUCAAAGAGGAACCCAAUCGCCAAAAUUCACUCAGAUUGUGCUGCAAACCAGCAAGUUACAUACCGCAUCUCUGGAGUAGGAAUUGAUCAACCACCUUAUGGAAUCUUCAUUAUUAAUCAAAAAACUGGUGAAAUUAAUAUAACAUCCAUAGUUGAUCGAGAAGUCACACCUUUUUUCAUUAUCUAUUGCCGGGCUCUGAAUUCACUGGGCCAAGAUUUAGAGAGGCCUCUUGAGCUCAGAGUCAGGGUUUUGGAUAUAAAUGACAACCCUCCAGUAUUUUCUAUGUCUACUUUUGUAGGACAAAUAGAAGAAAAUUCUAAUGCAAACACACUGGUGAUGAGACUCAAUGCUACUGAUGCAGAUGAACCAAAUAAUUUGAACUCAAAAAUCGCCUUCAAGAUCAUAAGACAGGAACCUUCUGAUUCACCAAUGUUUAUUAUCAACAGAAACACUGGAGAAAUUCGGACGAUGAACAAUUUUCUAGACAGAGAGCAAUACAGCCAGUAUUCUCUUGCUGUAAGAGGCUCAGACCGAGAUGGCGGGGCAGAUGGAAUGGCAGCAGAGUGUGAAUGCAGCAUUAAAAUCCUCGACGUCAAUGAUAACAUCCCAUACAUGGAACAGCCUACAUAUAAAAUCAGUAUCGAAGAAAAUGCUCUCAAUUCAAAUUUGCUCCAGAUUAGAGUAAUCGAUUUGGAUGAGGAGUACUCAGCUAACUGGAUGGCAGUCAUUUUCUUUAUCUCUGGAAAUGAGGGAGGUUGGUUUGACAUAGCAAUGGAUGAAAAAACAAACAUAGGAAUUUUAAAGGUUGUUAAGCCCCUAGAUUAUGAAGCUAUGAAGAACCUGCAACUUAGUAUUGGUGUGAGAAAUAAAGCUGAAUUUCAUCCUUCAAUUAUGUCUCAAUAUAAACUCACAGCAACUGCGAUCUCCGUGACUGUGUUAAAUGUAGUGGAAGGCUCAGUGUUCCGUCCAGGUUCAAAGACAUAUGUAGUAACUAGUAAUAUGGGACAAAAUUAUAAAGUGGGAGACUUUAUAGCUACUGAUCUGGACACAGGUCUAGCUUCAACAACUGUUAGAUAUGUAAUGGGAACUAAUCCGACUGACUUGCUUGCCAUCGACUCAAAAACGGGCAUAAUUACUUUGAAAAAUAAAGUUACCAGGGAACAAUAUGACCAGCUUAAUGGAAAAUACCAAGGAACAAUUCUAUCUAUAGAUGAUGCUCUUCAAAGAACUUGUACUGGUACAAUUAUUAUUGACCUUCAAGGCUCUGGCUGGGAAGUUCGUCAAUCUAGUACAACAGACAGUGAUAACACCAGUACUGGAGGUGGUGCCGGUACUAGCACAGGGGAGGAUACUUCCACUAGUCCCGUCAUUGGUCCUGAUGCAGGAAACAAUGGCAAUAGCCAAACAACUACUUCUCAGGCAAAUGGGGACAAUGGUGAAAGGCAAUCACGCUCCGAUAAUGUACAUUUUGGUCCUGCUGGUAUUGGACUACUCAUCUUGGGAUUCUUGGUCCUUGGAUUGGUCCCAUUUUUGUUGUUGUUUUGUGAUUGCGGCGGUGCCUCUGGUGGAGCCGGCUUUGAGCCUGUUCCUGAAUGUGCAGAUGGGGCAAUACAGCCAUGGGCGGUAGAAGGACCGCAGCCUGAACUCAGCGAUUUGACCACUAUCUGUGCACCACAAAUACCACCCGAUAAUGCAAAUAUAAUUGAAUGCGUGGGCACCUCAGGGUUUUACACAGAUGCGUAUGGUGGCAGAGAAAUGCAUGAUCUGGCAGGAGGAGAAAGAACGACAGGAUUUGAUCUAACAGAAGGAGUUAAAAUGUCAGGAGCACGUGAUAUAUGUCAAGAAUAUUCUGGAACAUUAAGAAGAAAUUCUGUGAGGGAAGGUAGAGAAGGAGGUCUGAAUAUGAAUUUCAUGGAAAGUUACUUCUGUCAGAAAGCAUAUGCUUAUGCAGAUGAAGACGAAGGACGCCCAUCCAAUGACUGUUUGCUCAUAUAUGAUAUUGAAGGUGUAGGUUCCCCUACUGGCUCCGUGGGUUGUUGUAGCUUCAUUGGAGAAGACUUGGAUGACAGCUUCUUGGAUACACUGGGGCCUAAAUUUAAGAAGUUGGCAGAUAUCAGCCUAGGAAAAGAAGUUGAAUCAUAUCCAGACCCUGAUCCCUCUUGGCCACCUGAAAGCGCUGAACUAAUUUGCCCUCAGCCGGGAACAGAGCCCAUUGUUAGUGGACACCCACCCAUCUCCCCACAUUUCGGCACUACCACAGUCAUUUCUGAGAGCACCUACCCCUCAGGACCUGGUGUACAGCAUCCUAUACCUAUUCCUGAUCCUCUGGGCUAUGGUAAUGUCACUGUGACCGAGUCUUACACCACCUCUGGCACUCUGAAGCCCUCUGUCCACAUUCAUGAUAAUCGACAGGCAUCAAACGUGGUGGUGACAGAGAGGGUGGUCGGCCCCAUCUCUAGUGCCGAUUUGCAUGGAAUGUUAGAGAUGCCUGACUUGAGAGAUGGGUCCAACAUUAUAGUGACAGAAAGGGUAAUAGCCCCAAGUUCAAGUCUACCUACCACUUUGACCAUCCCUGAUCCUAGAGAGUCUUCAAAUGUGGUAGUGACAGAAAGAGUAAUCCGACCAACUUCUGGCAUGAUGGGCAGUCUGAGCACGCACCCUGAGUUACCAAAUGCCCAAAAUGUGAUUGUGACAGAGAGGGUUGUCUCUGGCUCUGGCAUAACUGGAAUUAGUGGCCCAGCUGGGAUAACUGGAGGCAGCGGUCUAGGCAGCAGUGGCCUGGUUGGCAGUGCAGCUGGAAUAAGUGGUGGUGGCAUCGGGCUGAGCAGCCUGGGAAGAGGCGGGGGCCUGAGUAGCAGCACGGGGGGGACGGCCACUAUUGGCCACAUGAGGGGCUCCUCUGACCACCACUUUAGCCAGACCCUUGGAUCUGCCUCCCCUAGCACAGCCCGAAGUCGAAUCACAAAAUAUAGUACAGUACAGUAUACCAAGUAGCCAGGAUCCCAGUACACUUUUCCUCAGUAAUUGUGAUUUAGGUUCAAUUCCCACCACCAAAAAACUAACAAUGUGAUUUAUGACGCACAACUAGGUGCUAAGAUAAUUGUGGAGCAAGGUGAGAAACCAGUGAGAAAAAUAGAUGGCAACGGUGCUGUUGGGCCAGAGCUCUCCUUAGCAUUUGUAAACUUUUUCUUAUGUUAAUACUAGUGGAAUCAUGACAGUGAACUAAAACUUGAGACAGGGUCUUCUUUGCUUCUGUGUGGCCUGUAGUGUCACUCCAGCAUGUGGAAUAAGUAAAACUCGGUCAUGUAAAAGCACUGGCCUGAAGAUGGCAAUUGGCAUAAUUCUCCUUGGCUGUAUUGACUUGCCAUGUAGCUCAGGCAAUAUUUAAAAAGAACUAAACAUGCACUACGUGCUCAUGUUUGUGGGAAGAAUUUGAAAUCUGUGCCAAAUGUUGUCAGUUUCACAGAUGAUAUAAAUAAAAAUCCAACCACAUAUUCAGACCAGGGUUAACCAAUAAAGAAAAAAAAUCUGGCUACAUAGCCAAGUUCACAAGCCACCAAGCACACCUACCUUAAUAAUUGCACUAGAUAAAAUAAACCUCAAUUUAGGAAAUGUUUCCUGGGAAGGAAAAUCUAUUAGAAAGUGGCAACAGAGUGGAUUUGUUUGCGAUAAACUGGUAAUGUCUGAGCCUGAAUCUUGAGAUGGGGCUUCAGCUAAAAUUCCUAUGGAGUCAAGGACUUUUGUGAUUCUCGUUUGUAUUUAGUGGUAGAUGCGAUAUUGAUGAAUAUUGCAUCCUGGUGAGGUUGCAGGAUAUCACACUCAUUUUCCCCUUUACCACUGUGGUUCUGACUUAAUACAGAAAAACAUGCCAAGUGUACUUCUCAGCUUGAAGCAAGUAACACCUGACAUGGCUGUCAUCACUAGUGGUAAAUUACCUUCCAAGGAAGCAGAUGGAAACCGUAUUGUAUUUUCAGAUUGUAUUUUUAGUAAGUGUUCUUCAUUUAUAUCUAGCUCUUAUUAUACAUCUCCUAAGCUAAAAUGAUUUACUUGAGCUGAGUUGUGAAAAAAAACCUGCAGUAUGGUUAAGCUUUGGGGGAAUUUUUUUAAGGGGAUCUAAAAAAAGUUUUUAGAGCAUGUAAAAUGUUGAAUGAGGAAAGUUAGACUUGUUUGAUAAAGUAAUACCAUACUAUUAGUUUUAAUUGAGUUUAGUACUUUUUAACAACACUCUGCUGCUAUUUUGAGGGAUUCAACUAGGCAGUUUUAACAGAGUUGAUGAUAUUGUGUUAACAAGAAUGAAAUUGUACUCGACAACCCAUUUCUUUACUCUAUCCCACCCACUAAUUGACUUUUCUCACGAGCAUAAAUUUUACAUUCCUGAUUUGAUUCGUCAACAAGUCCUUGAUUGACAUAUGCUCCAAUUUAGUUUCCAAAUUACAUAGUAAGAUAUUUUUCUAGCUUCAAAAUUUAGUAAUGUACUAUUUAUGAUAUGUCAUUUCUGUGUGUUUUCUAUAUGGUAUUACCUGGUUAAAAAUCUCUAAAUAGAAUCAAAGCAUUCUUAGAGGUAAAUUCACUAUUGCAUGAUGGAGGAAUUUUUUUCUCUUUUCUAAAUUCAGUGUUAAUAUGUGCUCACUAAGGUGAAACUGGAUGUGACAAAAUCUUUUAAGGAUUUUUCCUCCCAAUUAUUCAAGUUUCCCAAGGUGUUACAAGAUCAGAGAAUAGUUAUUCAACUUCCAACACUUGUCAAAGGGGGUGGGGGAGUGAAUUAUUUUACCUAGAGCUACUGUGCUCUAUGUUAUAGCUGAUGAUGUCAAUAUUUUCAGACCCACAAUAUACAUCUUACUUUAGCUCUGUAGUCUAUGUACAAUUUUGGUAGUCUGUAGCAUGCCAAAAUGCAGAGAUGUAAAUAAAGUCAUUCACAGGGAGUCAUUCUUUUAUUUCUUUCUCACAUUUGGUGGGUUUUAUUAAUGAUGGGUGAUCUUUCCAGAAAUAAAGUCAAAAGGUAUUAUGGAA